UGUUCUCUUUGUAUCAGUUGCAGUUAUGGUAAUAAAUAGGAGGCAUUACUUUUGGAGCAACCUUUGCAGCCCAAGAUAAUUCUUAUUCAUUUAACUUGGCCCAGGCAAGCCAAAACCUUGGACACCCAUGUAUUAUAAGUAUUCAAAAGCUAGAUUGAUGAUACAUCAAAUAAAAACACAGCAAAAUAGAAUCAUAGCAUUAUAGAAUUAUUAAAGAUAGAAAAGAUCUUUAAGAUUACACAUCUAUACUUUUCUUGAACACCUCCAGGGAUGGUGACCCCACCACCUCACCACCUCCCUGCGCAUCCUGUUGCAAUAUCUGAUCACUCUGAGAAGAAUUUUUUCCUAAUAUUCAACAACAACCUCCCCUGGCACAACUUGAGGCCAUUUCCUCUUGUUCUGUCGCUACUUAGACUGAAAAAGAGACUGACCCCAAUCUCACCACAACUUCCUUUCAGACAGUUUCAGCAAUGGGUGUGCACUCUAGGUUAGGACAGGCCUCUCAGUGGGGCAUUCACAAUGUGAGCUGUGUCAGGAUGCAUGUAGCUGUUUUUGUUUCUGAAUUUGCAGCAAAUUCAUAUAUCCUUCUGUGUUUUCCUGACUGACCGACUGGGUUGGCUCUAGGAGAUGCAGCCCCUUGGUGAGCACCGUCCUACACUGCGUGCUGGCUUUGGAAGCAGGUGUGGAUUUGAGCCAUUAUAUCUCUCCACCUUUCAGUGGCUUUGGACUGCUCUUCCUCUAUGAAAUCUCAGAAGCAUCAGGAUUCCCCUACUUUGUAUUCCAAACUGUACUGCUGAGAUAGCAUGGGAUCAUAGGGUAACAAGGCCUGAUCCACCCCUUCUAGAUGUAAGCACUGGCCUGGCCGAGGGCACAGGCAGGGAUAACCCUCAGCAGCUCCAAGUGAUUCAGCUGGAGGGCACCGACAGCAAAAUCACACUGCUGCCUUUCCUCGGCUGCCUGAGGGCACUGACCAGGACAUACCGCCUCCCACUAUGACGAACACACCCCUGGUUCCUCAAACUGUUCUGUGAAAAAAGCAUAAGGCCUCAGGAUGCAUGGAACAAUGUCCAAAGCUAAGUUAAAUCUAGAGCAGCUUUUGCUGCUUCUGCCUUGCCUUCUCUUUGGCCUGCUCCAAAAGCAGUUAUUUCAGGCCUGCAAGCUGUUUGUGCAAGAGAAUUCAAGAAUUUUUGUAGCUUCGUUACUCUCAGCUGGUUAGGCCUCUUGAGUAGUUAAACAAACGCAGAGAGCAUUGUUAUGAGGAACUGACCUGAGGGGAAUGUAUUCAUGGAGAUAUUUCUUUUUCUUGCCUGGAAGUCAAUAUGCUCUCAAUGUGCAACCAACACAAGUGGGGCUGGAAGGGUCAAGAGGCAAUCUACGACCAAUGUACUGCCAGCGCCGGGCCCUCAGGAUAGAGGGAGGGCUAUGUCACAUUUUGCAUUGAGCUGCUGAAAAUACAGUGUAGGUUUAAAUCCCCCAUUAAGCAAAGGCCUUGCAAAAGUAUUCUCAUAUACCUGCCUCAGCAUGUGCUGUGUGCUUCUGGCAGGUUCUCCACAGGACGUCCAACACUUUUAAGCGAAUCUUUCAGGAGCCUGUUUAUAUGUCUUGAGUUACAGCGGCAGCUCUGCUGCCUUGUUUCUGAAAAUGCAGGACAAUAGCAAUGCAAACAAGAUGCAGAAAUGAAGUACUUGGGCCAGCUCAUUGUAUUUUGAUAGAGGCACUUUCACUUUGUCAGCAUAUGGGGUUCUGAAAGCAAGAGGGGAUAGUGUGAUGCUUAAACAAUCUUUGAAAUGAAGCAAGUUCCCUGGUGAGUUUCUUAAGAAGAUAAUUAGAAAGGAUAACUUUACUGUAAAUUAGAAAAACACAAGGAAGCAAAAUAUGAGAAGAUACAUGACAGCAUUUUGUAAGAGCAGAAAAUGAUAAAGGAAGAAAUGCCAAAAUCAGAUGGCUCUUGUUCUGAGCUUUCUCACAGGGUGUCCAGUGAGCACCUAAGCUAUAGACCAUUUCUCUCCUAACCCAGGCCUGAAGCCAGAAACCUACGAACGCAUUACUGCCUACAGAAGCGGUAGCCAGAUCAUCUCCCACUCUAAAAGGGACAGUGAAUAUAUAGAGUGCAAGAAAAAUUUUCCUAAAAUGCCCUCCAUAUAGCGUAGUGAGACAUCAGUCUCCAGUAACAGCUUUGUAACUCAGUUUAUGUUCAUUGCAUGACUUAAUGGUAUGAGAAACAGAGCAUAUAAUUAGUGUAAAUCAAUUGAUAAGCCUUAGUUGGAACUUGAUUUGACAUCUGCUGCCUUUUGUCUUUAAACAUUUCAUCUAAACACAAGCAUGCAAGGAGCACAGCACAGCUAUGUUCCUUUGGCUUCUGUCACAUUUGUUGCUCUUCUUGAACCUGAAACCAAAAUCACUUAGUAAAGGCAAUAUCCAUUGAAGAAACAAUAACAAAAUAGUGAUGGUCCAACUAAAAUUGGUCACAGAAGAAUUAUCAGCUUGGUACACUUACUGAUAUAAUUUCAAAGAAUCCAUUUCAACUACAACAUUACACCAGAACUGCUUCUCCCUUCUGCCAGGCAUUUGCAUUUCUACCAGGCCUAAUAAUGAAAGCAUUAGAUUUUAAAUUGUAAGAGCUAUUGUGCCUUUAUCUUAAUGAGGUGUGGCAAGAAAAAAUUCAGAGAAGAAAGCCACAGGCUUGCUCUGCUUACAUUCACCAUGAGGGAACAUUCAUGUGCUAUUGUUAGUCCUACAGAAUUGCCAGUAUUGCAGGCUCCAUUUUGGAGCUGAGUUAGGAUAAGUGCAGUGGGAUUUCUGCAUAGUGAAGAAACAGCAAGUACAGAGUAAUGUCAGAGAAAAAGAAACUCAGACAUACAUCAAAGGAUCAUCCUAUUAGUAGUUGAUCCUUUUUCAGAACCAUAGUGAGUUACUGUACAUAGAUGUUGAUAUUCACUAUUCAGUCUUAAAUAAGAAUUACAAGACACUGGUGUUAAGUUGUAGUUUUGAGCAUCCUGUAUCUUUUUUUUUUUUUUAGCCUGAUCUUUCACAGACAGCUUAACAUUUGAUGGAGAUACUUCUAUGGAAGAAUUCUUCUAAAUAAAGCAAAUACGUAUGGCUAAGAAAAGCCAGACAGACACACUCCUGACACAAAUGACAUGACAAUUUAUCCGAAUUUAAAUAGAGGUACCUGAAAGAUUGUCAUAUGAUACAUAUUUCUAGACAUGAGGAAAAGUGUGUGUGUAAAUUUGAGUUUGCUGGUAGAAGUAGUGCUCUGAGCCACUUGUGGUUUUUUUGUUUGUUUGUUUGUUUUGUUUUUGUUUUGUUUGUUUUUUCUGAAGGAGACUAAAAAAGCCACCCUAUUGCUGUGGAAUGUAAAACAGUAGAAAAGAUGAAAAGAUUGUUUGAAAUAAAGUGGCUAUGGCAAGCAAGAGCUGAGCAGAGAUUUAAAAUAUUUGCAGUUUCUUAAAUAAAUAUUUUUAUUUUCCCUGUAUAUCCCAAAACUUGAUCAGCCAUAAUUACUUUUACUGCCUGGAAAUCUGGUCCUAAGCUUCUCUAAAAUAUGCCCUAUCGCACCAGCUGACAUUUAUUUACAUACUUUAAAAUGUUACACAGAGCAAGUCAAGAGUUUCCACAGCUGUUGAAACCAGCUCUGUUGAUUUCAACAUUCAGUUAACAGCAUUCAGUUUAUUUCAGGUUUGGGAAAUUCCCAGAAGCUCAGAGCAGUCAGAUCUCAUUACAGGAUUUCACUGCUCCUCAGAGUAUUUCUUCGUAUUUUCAUGCGUGGUAGCACAAAAGUAAAAAUACACCUGAUCCAGCAAAGCCUGUGGUAUGAUCUCUAGCCUUGUUCCUUCACUCUUCUUUUUCCAUUAUGUUCACCACACAAGUGUUCCUAAGGAUUUCUUGAAGCUCUGAAGAGAUGAACACUUCAAAUUCCACUGCUGCUCUCCUUUUCUGAUAGAUUUCCCCACUGCCCCUGACCUUGUUGAUCGCUGACUUCUUUUACAGAAGGCAUGUUUAUGCGUUCAUAAAAUCCCCCUUUUGCCCAUAAAGACACUAAGUUUUAGGUUUACUGUAAUUUCUACUCAAUUGCCUGCAACACAUAUUGAGUCUAAUGAUCCUCCAUAGUUCCCCAGACUAACUCUCCCCUUCCAGAUCUUCCAAAUCCUUCAAAGCACUGCAGAACCAAGACUGAUUCUUAAGAUAUCAAUGCUGGGAAAGCUGUUUGGAAAGCACCUACACCUAUUCUCAGCCUUUUCAUUGCUGGAACUCUUCAGGCCUCCAGGAAGGCUCCAUUUAGACAUAGAAUAACAGAAAGGCUGGAGAUCAUCUAGUCCAAACACCCUGCAGAAAGCAGAGUCAUCUAGAGCAGGUUGCUUGGGGCAGCAUUGCCUUAUGUCUUGAACAAAUCUUGAGACUCCACAAACCUAUCUGGACAACCUAUUCCAGUGUUCCAGUGUUCAACCACUGGUUGGUUUCAGUCAUACAUCCUGUGUUUCAUUCUAUCAGUGGAUUCUCCAGAGAAGAAUCUAGUUUUCCUUUUUAAAAUCAAAGAAUCAUAGAAUGAUACAGCACUUAAUCCUGUACAGAGGGGUGUGAUUUUAAAUACUCAGAGAAUAUUCCUGAUUUUGUUGGCUUGCCUUCUCUAUCUCUAAAAUACCAAAAUAAAAGGAAAUAAACCAUGGAGGGGUUGCACGCUUCCAGUUUACACCAUCAGCAAAGUGCAUCUAGUGUCUUCGUUCAAGUUGGGCCUGCAGAGCAGCCUCUGCACCACUGCUGACAUUGCAGAGCAUCGCCUGGGCACACAGCUACUCCCUUGCACAAGCUCUGCUAUGGAAAUCGCUCAGCAUUGGCAAGAGGUGGCCACAAACUGGGAAGAGGCUGCUAUUGUCUUCUGUUACCAGUGCUUGGGAAAAUGAUUUCCAGCCCAUCUCCAGAAGCAGAGGGACAUCCAGGAGACCAGCAGGGAGCUACUCACAGGAGCACACAGGAAAGGGGAAGCAAGGCCUCUGUGAGGGAUGAUCUCCUUACAACACAGCUUUAUUUGCCUCUCAACUCAAGUUCAAAUAGCCACGGCUCAGGGCAGAACCAGCUACAAGUGCUACUCAGUGACAUCAGCUCAGGCAGUUCCAGCCAUCUGGCCUUGAGCACCACAUGCUGGUGUCACUGUGAUGACACAAGAGCAUCACAGUGAGGUCUGAGCAUCUCCCACCGGAACACCCAGGCAGUGCCAGUGGAUUUCUCUUGCCAGCAGGCAGGGAAAAUACUGGCUCAUUGCACAAAUGGCUGCAUGUGCAACCUUUGGACAAAGCGAGACAGGAGAUAUUGAAAUGGAGUUGUCUCCAGCAGAAACAGCUUCUGCUGCUGAUCCUGAGGAGCUGAUCGAGACUUCAGGCUCCCCUUUUACUGACCCUACAGGACAAGACCAAGCACCAGCUGGCCAUGCUGCUGGAACAUCAAUACAGGAAGAACAGGACUCACAGAUGUUUCCAGAAGAAGAGGAAACCAAAGGUUUACCUCGCAGUUCGUCUGAAGAAAGCACUGGCAUAGCCAGGGUCUUCUCAUCCCUCAGCUUCCCACAAAAACUCUGGGUACUGGUGGAAAGUGACCAAGUGAAGAGCAUUCAGUGGGGUCACGGAGGAAACUGCAUUGUAAUCCAGGAAAAAAUGUUCAAGUUGGAAGUUCUGGCAAGGGAAGCACCUGCGAGAGCCUUUCAGAGUACCUGCAUGAAGAACUUUGUUCGCCAGCUUAACCUGUAUGGCUUCACCAAAGUGCCACGGCACUUGGAAAGAUCUUUCCUUCCUCAAUUUCUGGCUGAGGAAGAAGCAUUUGCUGCCCAUAGGAAGUUACUCCUCUACUCCAGCCCUGUCAACGGUUUACGGGCUGGUUCGGCCCGGUUCCGUGACUAG